AUGGAGUUUCAUCUCCUUCACUUGAUUACUUUUCUCAUGCUUGUGCUAGUGGGAACAAAUGAUGCAAUAUUACCACCUCAACUUUAUUGGAAAUCCAUGCUUCCCAACACUCCAAUGCCAAAAUCAAUCACUAAUCUCCUACACCCUGGUCAGUAUCUUACUCUAAAAUCUAAAUUUGAUUUAGGAGUUAGUAAAAGAUACAAAGGAGGUGGCACUGAUGUGAAUGCUGGAAAAUUCAUUAUUCUACCAUUUCUUUACCUUUAUCCUGCAAGUGAGACUCAAUUAAAUUAUAAACCAAAUGUAACACUUUUCUUCUUAGAAAAGGACUUGCAUCAUGGAACAAAAUUGAACUUACAAUUCUCAAAAACCACAUCGAAUAAUGAAGCAAAAUUCUUACCUAGAGAGGUUGCUAAUUCCAUACCAUUUUCAUCAAAUAAAUUGGAAAACAUACUCAACAAGUUUUCAAUCAAGAAGGGAUCAAAGGAAGCUGAAAUUGUGAAAAACACGAUAAGCGAAUGCGAAGAAAAAGGUAUCAAAGGUGAAGAAAAGCUUUGUGUGACAUCAUUGGAAUCAAUGGUUGAUUUCACUAUUUUGAAACUCGGAAAAAAUGUUGAAGUUGUUUCAACAGAAGUGAAAAAAGAAAGUAGUGAGUCACAAGAAUAUGUGAUAGAAAAAGGAGUGAAGAAAUUGGGUGAUAAGAACAAAACUAUUGUGUGUCACAAAGAGAAUUAUCCUUAUUUAGUUUUUUACUGUCACAAAACAGAUGCAACUAAAGCUUACUCUGUGCCUUUGGAAGGUAUUGAUGGUAACAGAGUUAAAGCUGUUGCGGUUUGUCAUACUGAUACUUCACAAUGGAAUCCUAAACAUUUGGCUUUUCAAGUUCUUAAAUUUGAACCUGGAACUGUUCCAGUUUGUCACUUUGUCCCACAAGAUCAUGUUGUGUGGGUUUCCAAGUGA